AUGAUCUCUUGCUCUUCCUCCUUCGGAGCAUGCAAAAUCCCCUGCCUCUUCACACUUGCAACCAUCCUCGUAGUCACCUUAUCGAUCAUCCGAAAGCAGAGGUCCAAAACCGCCGCUUCAAACCUGCCGCCGGGCCCAUGGAAGCUUCCCAUCAUAGGAAACAUCCACCAGAUGAUCGGCGACCAACCUCACCGGCGACUCAGGGAUCUGGCCGCCAAAUAUGGUCCCGAUGUGAUGCAGCUUCAGCUUGGGGAGCUCAAUUACAUCGUAAUCUCAACUCCUGAAGCCGCCAAACUGGUGAUGAAGACCCACGACAUAGCUUUCGCUUCGAGGCCUAAUUUCCUGGCCCCUGAUAUAAUCUUCUAUGGUGGCAAGGACAUAGCUUUCGCGCCCUAUGGAGAUCACUGGAGGCAGAUGCGCAAGCUCUGCACACUGGAGCUCUUCAGCGCCACACGAGUUCAAUCUUUCCGCCACAUCAGGGAAGAUGAGGUCUCCAAUCUCGUGGCCUCUCUCACUCGUUCUGCAGCUGCAGGGGAGCCUGUGGAUCUCACUCGGAAAAAAUGUAGACGAAGCAAGCCUUCACCAGCUGACAUACACAGACAUGGUUAUUUAUGA